AUGGUCAACCUUGCUUCCGAACCAGAAUUCCAGCAAGCUUAUAAUGGUGAGGAUAUUCCUCGUUAGCUUUUGGUUUUCCGUGGGCUUUCUGUGGUAGACUCGUCAAUGGCUAACAAACUUUCCCCUUACUAGAGCUCGUUCACUCUCUUGAGGGGUCCAAGCUCUUCAAGACCUCCCCGGAUCUUAAGGCUGCUCUGCCCGUCGUCUCCGUUCCAGAGCGUGUUAUCCAGUUCCGUGUCACCUGGGAGGAUGACCAGGGCAACUUCCAAGUCAACCGUGGAUAUAGGGUUCAAUUCAACUCUGCCCUCGGCCCCUACAAGGGCGGUUUGAGAUUCCACCCCUCCGUCAAUCUAUCUAUCCUCAAGUUCUUGGGUUUCGAGCAAAUCUUCAAGAAUGCCUUGACUGGACGUAAGUUGUUGCCUAUCUCCCUCCCUUAAAUUUAAAGUUUGUUCCAAUUAACUUUAUUUUUUCCCCCAGUCAACAUGGGUGGCGGUAAGGGAGGGUCUGACUUCGACCCCAAGGGAAAGUCUGACAACGAGAUCCGCCGCUUCUGCUACGCUUUCAUGCGUGAGCUCUCCAAGCACAUUGGUCAAUUCACUGAUGUUCCGGCCGGUGAUAUCGGCGUUGGCGGUCGCGAGGUCGGAUAUCUUUUCGGUGCCUACAAGUCCUACAGGAACCAGUUUGAGGGUGUCUUGACUGGAAAGGGGAUUACUUGGGGUGGUUCUUUGAUUCGCCCAGAGGCUACCGGCUAUGGUCUUGUCUACGUUAGUUUUCUUCCCCCCUCCCCUCUUACUCCCCUUGCCCUUGUCUUGUCGGUGCCCGUGUUGUUGUGACGUAUUGAUGAGCAAAGCUGAUCGUUAUCAAUAGUAUGUUUCUCAUAUGAUUUCGUAUAGCUCCGGUGGAAAGGAAACCUUCGCUGGCAAACGUGUCGCUAUUUCUGGCUCCGGAAACGUUGCUCAAUACGCUGCCCUUAAGGUCCUCGAGCUUGGAGGAAAGGUUAUCUCACUCUCCGACUCCAAGGGUGCUUUGAUUGCCACUGGGCAGCAGGGUUUCAACGAGACCGACAUUGAACUCAUUGCCAAGUUGAAGCUUGACAGAAGGUACCUCACAGAGCUCUACACCGCAGAGGAUUCCUUCCGGUCCCGCUUCAGGUACCUCCCCGGCGCGAGACCCUGGUCUAACGUGGACAAGAUCGAUGUCGCCCUUCCAUCCGCAACCCAGAACGAAGUUUCUGAGCUGGAGGCUAGAGACUUGAUCGCCAGGGGAUGCAAGUUUUUGGCUGAGGGUUCCAACAUGGGGUCUACACAGGAGGCUAUCAACGUUUACGAGGAGGACCGCAGAUGCCGCAAGGCUGGUGAGUAGCGUCUACUAUUCCCCAAACUCAUUUGGAUGUGUACUAAUUUUCUCUAGAUGGUCUUUGGUAUGGUCCCGCUAAGGCUGCCAACUGUGGUGGUGUUGCUGUCUCUGGUCUUGAGAUGGCUCAGAACUCCCAGCGUGUCUCCUGGACCUCUGAGCAAGUUGACAAGGAGCUUGCUGGGAUUAUGGAGAGAUGCUUCUGGAAUUGCUUGAACACUGCUAAGGAGUACUAUGACAUUGCUGAGGGCGAGCUUCCUUCCCUUGUCGCUGGUGCCAACAUUGCUGGUUAUGUCAAGGUUGUCAGCGCUAUGAAGGCACAGGGAGAUUGGUGGUAAAACAUUUCCUUAGUUUCAUUUUCCUGGGUUUCCAUGGUCCAGUCUAGUUUGGCUCGGGUUGAUUGGGUAUUGGAUUUACAUAUUUUCCCUUUCUUCUUUCUAUUCUCCUUGUGCUAUAUUCCGCUGGCAGAUUUUCCGGGUGUUGUUUUACGGUUUUAUGAUUCGAUGAAUCUAUUUUUCGGAGAAUAAAUUACCAAGG